AUGGUCAAUGAAAGACAUGCUGAAAACGAGCCGCUCUUGAGUACCAUGGAGCGACAGCAGGCAAACGAGCCUGAAAACCGGGCGAACCCUACCGAGCAUCCCGAUGCGCCGCUCGAGGAUACCACCCGCCGCGAACUCGAAGUCGACGACGACUCAUCACCGUCGACGCCCAGGUUCAUGCAGGAAGAAGGACCAUGGAAGCGUUGGAAGUGGGUGCCAUACCCAGUUCGUCGCAUCGUGAAGGCCACCGUGAAGUGGUCUAUGGGCCCACCGAACCCUCAGGACUACAAGAUCAAGCCGAUUCUUCCCCAAGUCCAGGAGUUUCCUCUUGUGCUAGUUGAGAAAUACUUGCCGUCUGCCAAGCAUCGCGUAGGCGUUGUAUUUCUUUAUAUUGCUAUUUGGAUCAUCACGUUUGCUCUUGUCAAGAGGAGCGAGACAUUCGCGACAGAGAUUGAGGGUUGGGGCGCACCGCAACCGAUCGGAUGCGGUGCGACCUAUUGGGGUCGGGGGAACAAAUGCGGCCUCAACGGCGCCGAUUGUCGCCCUUUUGAUGGGAGCGGGUUUCCCUUCAGAUGCCCCGCCAACUGCAAAGGCUACAUGGUCUUGAACCCGCGGGCAGUCGGCGACCAGGAGAUUGUAUAUCAAUCGCUUGUCAUCGGCGGACCAGCAAACGAUACCAGCUCGCCCAUCUAUCGUGGUGACUCGUUCCUUUGCAGUGCUGCGAUUCAUGCCGGUGUGGUUUCCAACGAAAACGGUGGCUGUGGUGUUGUUCGCCUUGUUGGGCGACAGCAGAACUACAUUAGCUCCGACCGGAAUGAUAUCGAGAGCAUCAGCUUCGACUCCUACUUCCCCCUCUCGUUCACCUUUGAGCCCAACAUCCAGUGCCGUGCUCGGGAUCUACGAUGGAACUUGCUGGCUGUGUCUGUUGUUUUCACGACGGUCCUCUCGCUCUUCACGGCUUCACCAGCACUCUUCUUCUUCUCGGUCUUUACUGGUAUCUUCUGGCACGUCGGAUUAGCCUCAGACCCGCCGAACCAUUGGUCGGUGGCUGAUCUAGUGUCGAACAUUGCCGGAAAAUUCCUCCCAGCCAUGUUUUGCGCGUGGGUCAUGUACGACAAAAUGGGCAUCAGGCGUACUCUUCAUGGUCUCACCGCCCAGGUUGAAAAGACCAUUCUCUGGCUCGGCGGAUGCUGGGUCGGUGCGCUUACGAACUACACCUUCCGAUGGAUUCCAAUCCAGAGACUGAACGCGCACGACCUACAACAGCAACCAGGUGCUAAAGCGGCAUUAGCUAUCAUCAUCAUUGUUCUUUUCCUCAUCAUCGUUAAGCAGGUGUGGUAUUUUAGACAAGAAGGCCGGCUCGUCAAGUACCUCAAGCUUUAUCUCCUCUUCGUGGGCGCCAUCAUCGUAUGUCUCAUACUCCCGGACCUCAGCCUACGCAUCCACCACUACAUCCUCGCCUUGCUUUUACUGCCAGGAACUAGUAUGCAGACACGCCCUUCGCUCCUUUAUCAGGGUAUUCUGGUCGGUCUUUUCAUCAACGGCAUUGCUCGUUGGGGUUUCGAUGCAGUUUUACAGACGCCUGCCGCCUUACAGGGGGAUGCUCAACAUGGGUCACCACUGCCUACUAUCCUCCCGCCCGUCAUUGACCUUGCCCAGGCCAUGUGGAGUGUCAACUUCACUUGGAAUGUUCCUUCAGGAGUCCGAUAUGACGGUAUCAGCGUCCUAGUCAACGACGUCGAGCGCUUCCGUACGUACUUCGAUGAUGGUCCUGUCUCUUCAAACCAUUUCGUCUGGACCCGCAACAGUAGUCUCGGGUUGAACGAGUACUUCCGCUUCGGCUACAUGGAAGGCAGUCAAAGCUACGACUUCACCAAAGCUGGUAUUUGGAACGCCGAAGGUAGUUGGAUUGACAUGAAGCCGGGUCCGUCUAUGGUGCGAAGCCGGAGUCUGGAAGAGGACGAAGAGAGCGUGCCUCGGUAA